UAAGCAAGCAUUUAUAUGGAUUUGCCAUUAACAGAAGAAGGCACGGUCUCUGUUAUAAUAAGGUGUUAUUUGGGAAAAGUCAACUCCCUUUCCCUGUCGGCUACUUUUUUAGGUCUUCGCUGCUGUGCCACACCCCUUCGUAAGGACAUUUGGAACAAUUCGGGCAGCGCUAGUGCUACAGUCCCUAGGGUGCUAUUACGCCCUCUAUCAGGGGCGGUGCCCAAGGCUAAUUGUAUUGGUUCGCGCUGUUUGGGUGUGCAAUCACUACAUUUCCCACAAGGCUCUGCGCGAGUUUCUUGUUGGGGCUCUAGCCACGCAACUCCAGGUAGGACUUCCGGUGAUGUCAGAAGGGGACUGAGAAAGAGCCCCGGGACACAGCGCAAUAAGGGAGUGAAUACGGGAAAGGGCAUUAGCAGGACGUAUAGCAGCAGCCAGACAUACCGGGAAACUUCAGGUCCAUCAAAGAACGGUCUUUCACAGAUUCCCUCUCCCCCCAGAGCCUCUGACAUGGAGGACAGGAGCGAGGAGGGGGGGGACCACACAGCAAUGCCUUCUGCUCCAUCAACACCUCCCAGCAAGAGAAAGAGCAAGUUUGCUGGCUUUGGGAAAUUUUUUAAACCCUGGAAGUGGAGAAAGCGAAAAAGCAGUGAUUCCUUCCGAGAGACAUCAGAGGUCCUAGAGCGGAAAAUCUCUAUGAGGAAGCCCCGUGAAGAGCUUGUAAAAAGAGGUUUACUUGUGGAGGUCCCAGAGGAAGAUGUUAGUAUACCAUCGGAGUCACCCCCACUGAGGAAUGGUCACAUGAGUGUAGAACAUGCUAACCCACCGGAGGACAUUGGAGGGUUAAAAAGGAAGACCCGACAAGACUCAACUGGAUCCCGCCCAAAAUCUGGAGAGACUACUGUGCAACCCCGUGCUACUGCUGAAGUGGCCCCCGUGGAACCUUGUACUGCUACGGAAGUGGCCUCUGUGCAGCCCCAUGCUACUGCAGAAGUUGCCCCCAUUCAACCCCUUGCUACUGCAGAAGUUUCCCCUGUGCAACACUGUGCUACUGCAGAAGUGGCCCCUGUGCAACCACGUCCUGUCUCUGAAGUAGCCUCAGUGCAGCCAUGCCCUGUCUCUGAAGUGGUUCCUGUGCAUCCCCGCCAUCUGUCUGAAAAGAACUCUGAAAAGUAUCGCCCUAUGUCUGAAGUGGCCCCUGGUGCUUCCCGUCCGACCUCUGAGGUUGCCCCUCUGCAGAAAGUGUCCAGAGAUUUCUCAAAGCAACCCCUUUUACCCCCAAAGAGACCACUUUCCAGCUCCUCUUCAGUUACUCAGGAAUCUGUGUUGGGAGGACAAAAACCUGAUCCUAGCACCCGACAGCAGAGCUCGGUCCCUGUUCCCACACCAAGGACCAUUCACCCCCUUCCAUUUUCUAAACAACCACCUGUUCCACCUCCUAAACCUCAGAACCGUAGCAGCAAUCCAUUAAUGGCUGAGUUGAGCUUGGCACUUGGUGGGAGCACAUUAUCACCUGCUGGCUCUCGUCCUUCCCCACCUAUUCCGCCAAAGCGUGUGGUGGUUCCUUCCACAGAUGCUGUAAACAACAAAGAAAAAGCCCUUCGCCCUGCCUCUCUUCCUCCUAUACCAGCAAAUGAAAUUUCCAUACCAUCUCCUCCAUCUCCACCAAUUUCCUCUCACAUUCCAGUGUCUAAUCCCCCAGUUCCCAUGCUUACGCUUGCACCACCUAAUACAGAGGUGGAGAAAGAGCAAUCUGCAUCCCCUUUACCCCUUCACAUCCGCAUUCAACAGGCACUGAACAGCCCCCAGCCGCUGCCAUUGCUGGAUAGUAGCCAGCGAGCGCAGUCCCUGCUUUUUAUGCAAAAUGAAGUGCCUUCUGAAGAAGGAACAAGAGUGAGGUCUCUUCCUGUUACUAUUGAGCUACUCAAAGUGCCUGAUGAUGAUGAUGAUGAUAAUAGCCUGGAAGAUGAAAGCUUAUCUCCAGAAUCUUCUGAAAGUCAUCCAUCAAGGGUUUACAUUGGGGAUGUACCUUCAGUGACAGUAAUACCAAACUAUUUACCAACAUGUGUACAGGAAGAGGAGGAGGAAGAAGAAGAGGGAGUAAGUGACACUGAUUCAGAGGGACCAGUGCUCUACAGAGAAGAUGAUGAGGAGGAGGAGGAAGAGGAAACAAGUUCCUUAGCCAAUAAAGUGAAGAGGAAAGAUACACUGGCCAUGAAACUAAGUGGACGGAUGGGACCCCAUGAUUCCAACCCUGAGUUUCCUCAGCGAAGCCGGGAAGAGUGGAACCAGAUCAGACAGCAGAUUGGCUCCCAGCUGAACAGAAGAUUGAGUCAGAGACCUAGUGCUGAAGAACUGGAGCAGAGAAACAUCCUACAAAAAAAUGAAGCAGACCGUCUGGCAGAGAAAAAGGAGAUUAAGAGACGCCUAACACGCAAGCUCAGUCAAAGGCCAACGGUUGCAGAGCUGGUGGAAAGAAAGAUACUUCGUUUUAAUGAGUAUGUGGAGGUAACUGAUGCUCAUGACUAUGAUAGAAGAGCAGACAAACCUUGGACCAGACUAACCCCUGCUGAUAAGGCUGCAAUUCGCAAGGAGCUAAAUGAGUUCAAGAGCACAGAGAUGGCUGUUCAUGAGGAAAGCAAGCAUUUCACACGGUUCCAUCGACCUUAGUCUGCUGCACUGGGAGGGGGAUCAAAGGAGUAUUAGAGCAAAAAGCACUUAUGUACCCCUCAAGCUGUGCCAACGCCAAGCCUGCCCUCCCACUGACUUACCUCAUUUCUGCAUUCUGAACCUUAGAUGCCUGGCGGAGUAUCUGAUUAGAACUGCUGGAGACUCCAUUAAUUGUUGCCUUUUAUUCCCUUUGUGUAUAUUGGCUGUAUCUGUAAAAGUUGUAAAAUUGGAAGAAUCAUUCCUUUUAGUUGUGGGCAUCAGUUAAUCAUUUAUUCCAUAUGUUAUAUGGAUAUCACAUUCCUCCUCUUGUUUUCUAUGGUUUCCCAAGGUGCCUUAUUGCAGAUAUCCUGAGGGUUAGGGCUGGUCCUCCCUCCUUUCUUUUUAAAACUCACUACAUUUUGAAAUGUCACGAAGACCAGAAGACACUUCUUGGAUGUGACAAGGUUUCCAUUGCCUCCUUUUCUAGGGCUUGCCAUUUUUCAGGAUACAUCUCAGGGAAUGAAGGCUUGCAAAUCAUGGUUAUUUGGUUAAUUCUACAGUGGGCUGCUUAAAGAAUAUAUACCCCAAGCCCAUCAAAAUGUCUUGUAAAUACCUAACAUUGGGUAGUUCCAGCAACCCAACUAAUUAAAGAAUUAACUGAUAAUGAUAUACUCUAAAAAUAGGACUUCCUCCACUGUAAUAUCACACUACGGAUUCUUCUGUGUUGGUACUGUAGCAUUGUACAAAUGUAAAAGAAUGGGCCACCAAUGGUGGGAGGCAUUGGUGCAGUUGGUUCCCUAUAAGCCUUUGUUAAACCUUUAUAUGUUUCUUGCAUGUAAUGGAGGCAACAAAGGCGAAAAAUUAAGCCUUAAUCAUCACUUUAAUGUGCUUUAUUAACCUGUUCACUGGAUGGAAUGAAUGAGAUAUUAUAUAUCUGUAUAAAUACAGGUCUCCUCCUGACAUAACCAAGUGACAAACACAACUGGAAAAUUCUGCCCAAAUUUGUACAUAUACUUGGAUUUGAACUGAGUAUGUAUAUGUUUGACUAGAUCUGAAUUUUAAUCCAUAAAAUAAAAAUAUUAUUUUAGUGAUAA